UUUCAAUGCCAGCUUUCGUCUGCUUCUCUCUCCCUCUCUCUCUCUCUCUCACUGCAAGCCUGCAACGUCUCGCUGGUCUCACUCACAGUCUUGUCAUCACUGCAGCAUCGUCUAUCUUAAGGCUUUGUCCGGAGACGGUUUUAAGAUGUUUGAAGAAAUCAAGUAGCUUGGGAAGAAUAUGGGUUCCAAAACGCUAUAAGAAGGAUCACGAAAUUUCUUUAUUUCGCCCACCAUGAAUUUAAGACAGCGUCUUCCCACCAGGCGUGGCGGUGCGGGUGAGCACGCGCCUCCGCCGCCGCCUCUAGCGGGUUCAGUGUUCAACAUUAUACCUGUGCAUGACCUCUUCAUUGACCACCCCUCUCUUCGGUACCCAGAAGUGCGUGCUGCUGCUGCUGCUCUACGCACUGUAGGAGACCUUCCGAAGCCCCCUUUCGUGCCUUGGAGCUCUCACAUGGACCUCCUCGACUUGCUCGGCGCCUUCUUUGGGUUUCAGAAUGACAACGUACGGAACCAAAGGGAACAUUUGGUCCUCCACCUUGCUAACAUGCAGAUGCGGCUUCAACCUCCCCCUACAAUCGUCGAUGCCCUGGACCCCGGCGUGCUACGUCGUUUCCAACGGAAGCUUCUUCAUAAUUACACUGCUUGGUGCUCUUAUCUUGGAUUAAAGUCAAACGUGUCACUGUCGAAACGACGAGACCCUACUGAUCUCAGCCGUGAAUUGCUGUACGUUUCGCUUUACCUUUUGAUUUGGGGUGAGGCUGGAAAUCUUCGCUUCGCUCCUGAAUGUAUUUGCUACAUAUAUCAUUUCAUGGCGAAGGAACUUACUUACAUUCUGGAUGAGCACACAGACCCUGACACGGGUCGUCCGUUUUUGCCCUCAAGAUCUGGUGAUUGUGCCUUUUUGAAGUCAGUAGUAAUGCCUAUUUACGACACGAUUAAGGCUGAGGUUGAUAGUAGUAGAAAUGGAAAGGCUCCGCAUUCGGCAUGGAGGAACUAUGAUGACAUUAAUGAAUAUUUCUGGAGUAGGAGGUGUUUGAAGAGAUUAGGGUGGCCCAUAGACCGUGAGUGUAAUUUCUUUGCGACUACUCGAAAGAGCAAUCGAGUAGGGAAGACUGGGUUUGUCGAGCAGAGGUCUUUCUGGAAUGUCUAUAAGAGCUUUGAUAGGCUUUGGGUAAUGCUCAUCCUUUUCUUGCAGGCUUCCAUUAUUGUUGCUUGGGAGGGUACAAAAUAUCCGUGGGACGCAUUGGAGAGAAGACAUGUCCAGGUAGAGUUGUUGACUGUGUUUAUCACAUGGAGUGGUCUUAGGUUGCUUCAAUCAGUGCUUGAUGCUGGGACUCAAUAUAGUUUGGUUACAAGAGAGACUGUGUGGCUUGGGGUGAGGAUGGUGCUGAAGAGCAUGGCUGCCAUUACGUGGACUGUUGUGUUUGGCGUGUUCUAUGGAAGGAUUUGGAUGCAAAAGAAUUCUGAUAAUAUGUGGUCAGAUGAGGCAAAACAGAGGAUUAUUACUUUUCUUAAGGUUGUCUUUUUCUUUCUUGUCCCAGAAUUGUUGUCACUGGUACUAUUUAUUGUUCCACGGUUACGGAACUUCAUUGAAGAAUCAAACUGGAGGAUAGUGUACGUGUGGACAUGGUGGUUUUAUUCCCGGAUUUUUGUAGGCCGUGGUGUGAGAGAAGGGCUUGUAGAUAAUGUAAAGUACACUGUGUUCUGGAUUUUGGUUUUAGCUUCAAAAUUCUCUUUCAGUUAUUUUGUUCAGAUCAAGCCUCUAGCUGCUCCAACGAAGGCUCUUUUGAAUCUUAGGGGUGUAAAUUACAACUGGCAUGAAUUUUUCAGUAGCACCAACAGGACAGCAGUUAUCUUGCUAUGGUUACCUGUUGUUCUUAUCUACUUCAUGGAUUUGCAGAUUUGGUAUUCAAUUUUCUCUUCCUUUGUUGGUGCAACUAUAGGGCUUCUCUCGCAUUUGGGUGAAAUUCGGAACAUUGAACAACUCAGACUUAGAUUUCAGUUCUUUGCCAGUGCAUUGCAGUUCAAUCUGAUACCAGAUGAGCAGCUGUUACGCCCACAAUUACCAUUGCUAAGGAAGCUCCGUGAUGCUAUCCAUCGGUUGAGACUGCGAUAUGGGCUUGGUCAACCCUUUAAAAAGAUUGAAUCAAGCCAAGUGGAUGCUACAAGGUUUGCCUUAAUAUGGAAUGAGAUUAUCAUAACAUUCAGGGAGGAAGAUCUCAUCAGUGAUAGGGAGCUUGAGCUCUUACAACUGCCACCAAAUUGUUGGAGCAUAAGGGUCAUUCGCUGGCCAUGUUGCCUUCUUUGCAAUGAGCUACUACUUGCCCUCAGUCAGGCAAAAGAGCUGGAGAAUGAGCUUGAUUGGUCACUUUGGUUGAAGAUAUGCAAGAAUGAGUAUCGUCGUUGUGCUGUUAUCGAAGCUUAUGAUAGCAUCAAAUUCUUGCUUUUUAUGAUUCUUAAAGAUGGCACAGAAGAGUUCUCCAUUGUGAAUAACAUAUUCAGGGCCUUAGAUAACUGCAUUCAGGCUGGGAAGUUAACGGAAGUGUAUAUGAUGUCUCGGCUUCCAGAUAUUCAUGCUAAGUUGAGUGAAUUUGUUCGGCUUCUAAUGCAACCUAACAAAGAUGUGAAUGCAGCUGUAAAUUUGUUGCAAGCCUUGUAUGAAUUGUUUGUUCGUGAAUUCCCACGGGUGAAGAAGCAUGCUCUUCAGUUGAUAGAGGAAGGUCUAGCUCCACGCAGUUCAACAGCUAAUGAAGGCUUGCUUUUUGUAAAUGCUAUUCAGUUUCCUGAUGUUGGGGAUGCAAUAUUAAGUAUGCAGCUGAGACGACUGGACACAAUUCUUACUUCGAGAGACUCCAUGCACAAUGUACCAUUGAAUCUUGAGGCAAGAAGGCGGAUUGCUUUCUUUACCAAUUCUUUGUUCAUGAACAUGCCUCGUGCCCCCUAUGUUGAAAAAAUGAUGGCUUUUAGUGUUUUGACCCCAUAUUACAAUGAAGAUGUUAUUUAUGGCAAAGAGAUGCUUAGGAGGGAGAAUGAGGAUGGCAUCACUACUUUGUUUUAUUUGCAGAAGAUUUAUGAAGAUGAAUGGAAAAAUUUCCUAGAGCGGAUGCAUAGAGAGGGUAUGGAGGAGGAUGAUGAAAUUUGGACAACAAAAGCUAUGGAUCUUCGCCUCUGGGCAUCUUAUAGAGGUCAAACAUUAUCACGCACAGUGAGGGGGAUGAUGUAUUAUUAUAGAGCCCUUAAGAUGCUUGCCUUUCUUGAUUCAGCAUCUGAGAUGGACAUUAGGGAGGAAUCACAAAAUAUUGGUUCACAUGGCUCAACGAGGCAAAAUAAUGGUUUGGAUAGCUUAAAUUGGAAUGGGCCUCCCUCUUUACGAAGUCUAAGGAGGGCAGAUAGUGGUGUGGUCCCAUUGUUCAGGGGGCAUGAACAUGGGAGUGCACUGAUGAAGUUUACGUAUGUGUUGGCUUGCGAAAUUUAUGGGCUGUACAAGGCAGUGAAAGAUCAUCGUGCUGAAGAGAUUCUGUAUUUGAUGAAAAACAACGAGGCCCUUCGAGUGGCAUAUGUUGAUGAGGUGUCUUUAGGGGGACAUGAAACUGAAUUUUACUCUGUUCUUGUGAAGUUUGAUCAGCAGUUACAGAGGGAGGUGGAGAUCUUUCGCAUUAGGUUGCCAGGUCCCUUAAAACUUGGAGAAGGGAAACCAGAGAAUCAGAACCAUGCCAUAAUCUUUAGUCGGGGUGAUGCAAUUCAGACCAUUGAUAUGAAUCAAGACAAUUAUUUUGAAGAGGCUCUCAAAAUGCGGAAUCUGUUGCAGGAGUUUAAUGCCUACUAUGGUAUUAGGAGGCCAACCAUUUUGGGGGUUCGAGAGAAUAUUUUCACAGGAUCCGUUUCCUCCCUUGCUUGGUUCAUGUCUGCUCAGGAAACAAGUUUUGUGACAUUGGGUCAACGUGUUCUAGCUAAUCCUUUGAAAGUGAGAAUGCAUUAUGGUCACCCAGAUGUAUUUGACAGAUUCUGGUUCUUGGGUCGGGGUGGAGUGAGCAAGGCCUCUAGAGUGAUCAACAUCAGUGAAGAUAUUUUUGCUGGAUUCAAUUGCACCCUGCGAGGUGGCAAUGUGACACAUCAUGAAUAUAUACAGGUAGGCAAAGGAAGAGAUGUUGGCUUGAAUCAGAUAGCGAUGUUUGAGGCCAAGGUCUCUAGUGGCAAUGGUGAACAGGUUCUGAGCAGAGACGUGUAUCGGUUAGGCCAUAGAUUGGACUUCUUUCGCAUGCUUUCAGUUUUCUACACAACUGUAGGUUUUUACUUCAACUCCAUGAUUGUAGUACUGACAGUGUAUGCAUUUCUAUGGGGUCGUCUUUAUAUGGCUCUCAGUGGCAUUGAGCGGGCAGUUAAGAAUAAUGCUUCUGCUACUAACAAUGAAGCCCUUGGUGCUGUAAUAAAUCAGCAGUUUAUCAUCCAGCUUGGUCUUUUCACUGCACUCCCAAUGAUUGUUGAGAAUACCCUUGAGCAUGGGUUCCUUCCAGCAGUAUGGGAUUUCUUGACAAUGCAGUUGCAACUUGCAUCUUUGUUCUAUACGUUUUCCCUGGGAACUCAUACACACUUCUUUGGUCGGACUAUUCUUCAUGGCGGUGCAAAGUACCGAGCCACGGGACGCGGUUUUGUGGUUGAGCACAAGAGCUUUGCUGAGAACUAUCGGCUUUAUGCUCGGAGCCAUUUUGUGAAGGCUAUUGAACUUGGAGUUAUUUUGAUUGUGUACGCUUCUCAUAGUCCCUUGAAUAAGGAUACUUAUGUAUUCAUAGCAAUGACAAUCUCAAGUUGGUUUCUUGUAGUUUCAUGGAUAAUGUCACCUUUUGUCUUCAAUCCCUCUGGAUUUGAUUGGUUGAAGACUGUAUAUGACUUUGAUGAUUUCAUGAAUUGGAUUUGGUAUCCUGGUGGGGUGUUCAAAAAGGCAGAACAAAGCUGGGAAACAUGGUGGUAUGAAGAGCAAGAACAUUUGAAAACAACUGGUAUAUGGGGAAAGCUAUUGGAAAUCAUUUUAGAUCUUCGUUUCUUCUUCUUUCAGUAUGGCGUUGUGUACCAGCUGGGUAUCGCAAAUCGCAGUACCAGUAUAGCUGUUUACUUGCUAUCUUGGAUAUACUUGUUUGCGAUUAUUGGUAUUUAUAUCAUCAUAGCUUAUGCACGGGAUAAAUAUGCUACAAAGGAGCACAUAUAUUAUCGGCUAGUUCAGCUUAUUGUGAUCGUGGUCACGAUUCUUGUCAUUGUUAUAUUUCUGAGGUUCACCCAUUUUCAAUUUAUUGAUCUUCUAACAAGCCUAUUGGCAUUCAUUCCCACAGGCUGGGGAAUGAUUUUAAUAUCCCAAGUUCUCAGGCCUUUUCUUCAAUCAACUGUCUUGUGGGAUACUAUUGUUUCCUUGGCUCGGAUAUAUGAUUUGUUGUUUGGGGUUAUCGUUAUGGCUCCUGUGGCGGUGCUCUCAUGGCUGCCUGGAUUUCAAUCAAUGCAAACUAGGAUCCUCUUUAAUGAAGCUUUCAGCAGGGGCCUCCAGAUAUCUCGAAUUCUUACUGGCAAGAAGUCUGUUUAAGAUGUGACUGGAGGUUGUGGAUCCUGCAGGGGCCAGGGCCAUAACUCAUAAAUGGAGGACGGACACUAAUUUUAGACCCAAGUUUGAGGACCACCAGUACUGAAAGCUUUUACAUUAUCAUGAUGAAUGGAUGAUUGCUGAUAAAUCCAAGUUAUGUUCAUAAAAAAACUGAGAAGUCUAGACCUCUUCUAUACUUAUGGCUUAUGGAUGUCACCUUGACAGUCAAUCUGUAAAGAGGGGAGGCAGAUCUUGAUUUGUCCGCAUGUUUUCCUGUUUCUGCUUCAGAUGACUUAUGUUUAGUAUAGUGUGUAUUAGAGGUGCAUAAGAUGAUUUGCCUAUUUAUCAUUAACUUAACGGACGACGUGCUGCACAACUUGUCCCUAUCGAUACCCUCUAACUACAAAGCGCUCACUAAUUUUGCAGGCUCAAGGUUACUUUAUUAGCAUUUUGCUCCAUCUAGUUUUGUAAAGCCUUGCCUUUUGGAUGCUUUUGAAUGUUCCAUGUAAUAGGAAACUGCCUUAAUUUUCGUUUCCUCUAAUGUAAUUCAAUUUGGGAGCUGCAAUUUCUUAUUAGCUGUUUUUUGGGCUUGCUCGAAUGUAUUUUGCACUCGAACAUGCCUGUUUUAUGCUCCAUACAAUCCCCACUAAUUUUCUUGGCAUAAGGUUACUUUAUGGGCAUCUUGCUCUGUUGCUUUCUAAACUCUUGCCAAUGUACAUCAUUACAUGUAAGGAAACCACCAAAAGUUCUCAUUUCUCUCUUCUGACGUAAUUUAAAUUGAAUUUCUUGGCUCAA